UUCUACCACAGCUCUUCUGCUCAUUAGGACGAUCAUUUGCAAGAGCAAGCAAGUGCGCUUAGUGCUAUUUUAUCAGUGAGGAAAUGAAGGCUUGGAGGGGCUCUGUCACCCUGAGGGUCACCCAGCUUUGUGAGUGUCAGGGGCUUGGAUCUGAACCCAGGGUCUCUUGAGGUGUUCUCCUGACGUCCCUCAGCAAAGGAAGUCCGAGCCCCUGCUUCCGGUAGCACGAGGACGGAGACACAGUGCUCCAUGCUCUUGCGCAGCUCACCUGAGCAUAGGUGAACGUGGCCCUGAGCCUGGUCGAGGUGAGGCUCCAAGCCCUGCCACCCCAUCCCUGCCACUGGAAGGCUGUCUUUGCUCUGGAAUUCUGCUCCUGAGCCACACUCACGUCACUGCCUCUGGCUGCAGCUGUUGGCUGCCUUCUCUGCUACGUCAGAACCCAAGUCAGAUUGGAGGCUGCAUGUGGAGAAGGAAUUGGGAAAUGAAGGGCUGGUUUGGAGGACAGCUCUCCCUGCCCUCCACUAGGAGCUGACCCCGCUCUGAACCGCUGUGUGCUUUCCUCCCGAAGAGCAGGCGGCCCUGACUGACAGUCAGGGUGAAGGAGAAGUUGCAGUCUGAGCACUGAGGCCUGGUCAGACAUCAUCGGGUCAGCAUGGUCCUUCACCUGCAGGUUGUCACCUUAGGCCUCCUGCUACUUCACACAGGCUCUGUAUUUUCUACCCAAGUGAGUGCAGUGGAGGGGCAGUCGGUCACACUGCCCUGCACCUACUCGGUGUCUGGAGGAUCAGUCACAUCCAUGUGCUGGGGCCGAGGGCCCUGUCCCAGGAACCAGUGUUCAGACACACUUAUCUGGACGGAUGGACAUCAGGUCUCCUCUAGGAGAAAUGAACGUUAUUGGUUAAACCAGCAUAUUAAGCAAGGAGAUGUGUCCUUGACCAUCGAGAAUGUAACCGUAGGUGACAGAGGCCAGUACUGCUGCCGGAUUGAGGUUCCGGGAUGGUUCAAUGACAUCAAAAAAACCAUCUCACUCAGCGUUGUGCCAGCCACGACCACAAGAGCUCCAAGAACACCGGGUGUCUCUACUGCUCCAAGAACACCAGGUGUCUCUACUGCUCCAAGAACACCAGGUGUCUCUACUGCUCCAAGAACACCAGGUGUCUCUACUGCUCCAAGAACACCGGGUGUCUCUACUGCUCCUACAACACCAGCACAUACACAGAGCCACAAAACAGAACCUAGUCCACCUGUCCCUAGUCAAGCAGGAGAAACCCAGCCUACAACACUGCAGGAAACAAAGCCUCAGCCCACCACCUCCUCCCCAGACUCUGGCCCAACAGGUGGGAAUGCCAUGGUGACCCAGUCCUCAGAUGGCCCUUGGCGUAACAAUCAAACUCAGGUGUUUGAAGCACAAAACCCCUGGGUGAACACUGACGGGCUCUAUAUUGGGAUCCUUGUCUGUACCUUGGUUUUGCUCAAUAUUUUGGUCGCCAUCGCUAUCAAAGAGUAUUUCAUCAGCAAAAAGGCAACAUGGACACUAAGCAAGGUUUUGUGGACUCCUUCUCCAAUUCCAGCUUUGGAACUGCGAGCCUCAGCAGAAGACAAUACCUACAUCAUCGAGGCAAACCACUGAGUCAUAAAUUAAGGCCCAGCGGUUCUCUCUCCAGGACUGCAGAAGACAGUGCCCUGGCAUCACCACAUAAAGGCCUUUUCAAUCCCAGGACCACGUUUCUGUAUCACUUUUCUCUGCCGUUCCAAAAGAUCAGUGCUGCUGGAUAGAGUAACUCUCGGGGUCAAAGCCAUAUGUUGUCAAAUUCAUUGUUAAUGGAGUCCUCAUUUUGAGGCUAAGACUGGCCCAGUCUUUCCAGGCACUGCAGCACUCUCUGUCAAACGCGAACACCUCAGAAUUUUGUCUUUUCUUUAGACUCCAUCAGCCCUCUGUCCACCAAAGAGAGUAAUGGGGGAUAGCACAGGAAAUGAACCCACCACCACUGUCAAGAGGAAUAGGAUUUAAAAAUCAAAAUAUCCAGUUUGAGUCUUCAUUUGGGAGAGUUUCAUGGUUACCUGUUGUUUUCACACUGGAAGUCCAAAUGUGACAUCUCGUUUGCUCCCUAAGUUUAAAUCACGUGAGUAGCAGGGUUUUAUUUGCUUUAUGAGGAAGCAGAAGUGAGUCCCCUUUCGGUGUUGUAGGUAGAUAUGUUUUCUCACGGCUCUGCGUGGUCCCGGGACACACAGGGCCCUCUUAGCUGUCAGUGAAGUCACCGCUCUGAGUAGGAGCCAAGUAGGCACCCGGGGAAGACAGUCACUGCCCAUGGCCCAUCAGCCUCAGUGUGUGUCACACUGUCCCUGGGCGCGGUGCUGGCUGUGGACAACUGCCAGCUCUGAAGUAAGCUUGAGAACGAGGCAGGGCAGAAAUGAACAGCAAAGAAGGAAAGAAUGGGAAAAAGGUUUUCUACCUAACAAAAGUCCUACUGCGUGUAUAAUCGUAUUUAAAAUUGUCGCCACCAUUUUCAACCAAAAUUCUAACUUUCUAAAUUGUCCCCAGAGCACUUUUAGAUUUCAAAUUAUUUCUGAAGGGUCUUUUUCCUAUCAAUCAAUACCAAUGUAAUUUUUGCUAUGUAAUCAAAUGUUUGGUUCUGUCAAGAGAGUUAAACAAAGGCUGCCCUAAAGAUAGCUUCAGUCACGGCUGUGAUUCUUUAUGGUGCUGGCUUACAAGGGUUAGCGUUGUCCAGAGAGAGAAGCGUUUCUACAGGCACCGUUAACAGGCCUGGGUGUUCAUUUUAGUUUCGAUUUGAGCAAACGCUGACAUAACUCACGCUUGGGGCUCACAGCUGCUCUCUCCAUAGUGGUCUAGGAGGGCAGGGCGCUUGUUUUCAAAGGUCCUGGUUUUGCCACUGCUCUGCAGAGUUCUAGGAAGUGAGGAGGUCCUCAGAGGGAGGGUCUGGGGCAUAAGACAGCUGCACACUUUAUUCUGGGUUUGCCAAGUGAGGUUAACAUGGCUUGGUGUAAAAUUUUACCGUGUUCACACUGCAGAGCUUUCUUUGUCUGAAAUUUGAGGCAACAUGCAUAAAUGGGAAACUUUAAAAUAAAUAAAACCCCAGAUUUGGAGCUUGUCCGGAAAGACUUGUCAAGAUUGGGUUGCAUUCUGAUGUGGCCAGGGCCCUAGGAGAUGGAGCCACACACUCUAGCACUGAGCUCCUUGUCUUCCUGCACACUUAUUUGUAUUCCUGUUUGAUACCUGCAGGGCUUUGUAUUUAUGCCACCUGCUCUAAUUCUCCACAUCCUCCUGCAGGUUUAUAGUGCACCUUAAAGGGCCUGGGAAUAGGGUCAAUUGUUUAUUUAGCAUUUGAAUUUGUUUGAACACAGGAGUACCAGUAACUAGUGGCAUCCUGUGAACAAAAUACACCAGACCUUGGCAGAAAACACGAAUUUUACAGGAUUUGAAUUGGACCUGAUUUCUAGUCUUAACGCUUAGCAGUAACACUAGGUGACCUUAGACUAACUUGGUCUUUAUUCCUAUCAGAUAUAAUCAGUUCAUAUCUACCUUGUUAUAUAGUGGAAAUUCCAAUAAAAUGUUACUUGUUAGAAGACUUUAAAAAGUAAAAAACACUACAGAAUGCAAGUUUUCCCCCCCAGCAGAGUUUCUAGUGUUAGCAAAUAUACUAUCUGUUCUCAGUACUUCAUUUCACUGGAGUUACAUUCAUAAAUCUCUUGCUGUAUAUGAAUAUAUAUAUAUUUUUGAAAUAAUCAUUUUUGGAAGAGUUGAUAUUGGGUGGUUUCAUUACUAUAGUAUAGAAGUAAAUUGGUAAUAAUGGGAAGAAGGGAUAAGAAAAAUGGAGGAAUUUAAGAGAAUUCUUCUCUAAACUUAUCAGUCAUAGAUAAUAUAGAAUUUGGUUUGAUUUUGAUCUUUUGAAACGUGAUAGAAUCCAUUACCUAUAAUCUGUCCUGGAAUGUUAGAACACAGCUAUAGUUAAUAUUUUUACCUAAAUUGAUGAAAUUUUGAACAUCUUUUAGAAAUGGGAAAACCAAUCAUUCACUGCUAGGUAUAAAAAUGGGAUAAUUUUAUGAGUACAUUACAGUGAGGGAUUCUUACUGAUUGUGUAAUAAAAGUUCCUUUUUUAUUUA